UUCGUUUUUGCCCAGUCCGUUGGAGAAGCUUCGAAUCGCUGGUUCACUCCCGCUGGUUCCUGCUCCUUCAAGAGACUUUUAAAACGGUCAUAUUCGCUCUUUUCAGUCCUUUUCUCUUUUCACCCUUCUUAGUCAAUUGUUUUAAGUUAGAUUGUAUAUUUUAUACAUUCCUGCCUUUCCUUUUUCCCUUCCCUUCCCCCUCCCUUGCCCCCAGGGUGCUUCAACAUAUUUUAUACAUUCCUGCCUUUCCUUUUUCCCUUCCCUUCCCCCUCCCUUGCCCCCAGGGUGCUUCAACGGCCGGCCGUCUUCAACGGCCGUCAUGGCCGGGAAGCCUCCUUUCUUCAUCCCCCCCCCCUUUCCUCCCUCCCCCCACCUUGAAAGCCGAUUUUAUAAGGUAGCCUUUUUAUUCCGGCCUUACCUUUCUGCAAUUAUUGUUGUUGUUUUUUUGGGUAAUUUUGUGGCUUCGUGGGCGGUUUUUUUCCUGGGGGGUUGGUUGAGCUCCGGAGGGCGGGUGACUCCGCUGGGGGCUUUCCGGCCCCAAUACACUCAUUCAUAGCCACUCCGGGGGCCUGAGCCGUUCCUGCGGGCCCUUCUCGCUCCUGUUUAGGGCCUUUUGUCCAGCGGGUGCUGAGCGGUUUGCGUGCGCGGCCGUUCCAGGCGCAGCCGGCGCUCUGUCGCCUGGGUAAAAUUCGCUGUUGGCGGCCGCCAUUUUCUAGCCCUCCCUCCUUCUGUUUCGGCGCUCUAGCGAGCGGGCGCAGAGGGGGCUGUGAGCGCGGCCCUCUUGUAGGAGGCGGCCGGCGCUCCGACGUCCUUUACUGCCGCGGCUGUGGCGCGGCCUUCCCUGCUUGGGGGGGGGGGUGUGCGCGCGCUUCGCGCGUGCAGGCUCGCCAGGGAGGCUUGUUUUGGUGCCUCUUUCCCCCUCCACAUUGUUUCAGACCCCUGGGGACGGUCUGCCGCGCUCAGGGGCGGCGCUGAGCGCCAAUUUUUUCGGCGCCUUUUUUCGCGCCAAUUUUUCUUCCAGCCUUAUCCCGCCUUGCACGGGGGCUUAACCCCGGCUGCCUGGGGGGGUUGGGGCGGUCUGGGCCUCCCCUGGGGUGGUUGGCUCCCUGGCGGGCGUGCCUAAAAAGGGCGCGAAUCGCCCUUUUGGCUGCAGCAUUUUCGCGCUCUUUUUUCUCAGGCUUUUGCUGCUGUGGUGAGCCUAUGCAGAGCAUUUGCUGUUGCUUUUAGUGGGCGAUUGGCUCCCUCUUGUGGAAGGUUACUGCUACCGCAGGCGGUUUCCUUUAAUUCUUAAGCUGUUCAUUUGGCCUGCCUGCGCAGGCAUCCUUUGUUAAUUCAAAUUGCUUAUUUCAUUAACAGACCAGGUGUGUGCUGUUGACCCGCCACUGGCUGAUAUAAUUUAAUUCAUCUGGUUCAAUCUGACUUAUUUAAUUUAGUUUCAAUUUAAUUUUCAUUUAAUUUUAAACAGUUUAUUUGAUUUUAUUUAUUUAUUUAAUAAUUUAAGUGGUUCAUUUGGCCUGCCUGUGCAGGCAUCCUGUGUUAAUUCAAAUUGCUGAUUUGAUUAGCAUAUCAGGUGUGUGCUGUUGGCCCGCCACUGGCAGACAUUUCAUUCCAUCUGGUUCAAUUUAUUUAAUUCACUUAAGUUCAUUUUAAUUUUCAUUUAAUUUUAAACGGUUCUUAUUUAAUUUUAUUUUAUUUGUUUGGUUAUUUGAUUCAUUUCUUUUAUUUUAGUUCUUUUAAUUUAUUUCCUUCCCUUCCUUCUAUUUUAUUUUAUUAGUCCUGACAGACUUAAUAUAGGCUGCUGAGUUUGGUCUACUGUUAAUAUUUAAUUGAUUCAGAAGUUCACCAUUUGGUUUGUGUUUUGAUCUAACCUUUCUUGACUAGGAUGGCUGACGGCAGUGCAGCACCUCAAAUGCCAGCUCCGGCCAAGGACAGGAGGUCCAAAACAGCCCAGGCUGCGCGUUCUAAGAAUCCUGCAGCGUCUGUUCGCGUGAGGACGAUCAGAGCAAGUCUGGCUGCUGACCCACAGGCCUUGGCCCAAUUUGACGCCGAUUUUGAUGCUCUCAUUCAGCGCUCCGCCGCAUCAGCUCCAUCUACCUCCACUGCUGUGCAGUCGGCAGCGGUGCAACCUUCCGCUGCCGCAGGGCCGCAAGUAUCACAGGCUCCUCCUAAUUUGGUCCUUUCAGAGUCUUCUUCCCCUCCUCUUUCUUCUAGUGAUUUGGAUGACAUUGUCCCACCUUCGGGAAUCCCUGUGCCUGCCCCUCCGGUGGCCCCGCUCCUCGCAGCGCCUGCUGCGCAGGGGAAGGGGAAGCAGCCCCUGAAGCCCGGAAAGAGCGGGCCAAAGGGGGCCGGCGCCAAGGGUCCCACUCAGGUUGCGCAGGCGGGAGGGGCAGACGGGGCGGGGGGCUCUGUCUCACCUCUUAUGUUUUCACAGCCCGCAGUCGCCGCAUCGCGACAAAUUCAGCAUACUUCUUCCUCGGACGGGGACCCCCUCCCGGUGCCAGCCAAAGUAUCGCGCGGCGGUAAACGCCAUAAGAAACGUCGCUCAACGAAGCGUUCGAAGCGUCGUAAGGAGGAUUCGACGACUACCUCCUCGUCAGGCCCUGAGGAAGUGCGGAUUUGGAUAGUUGGGCACUCCAUUGUCCACUGGGCGGGCGACCACGCCGCCAAAUCCACCCUGGGGCUCCAGCUCGGCCUUCCACCCCACGUUCGUUUGACCUGGAUGGGCAGGAGAGGGAUGCGAUGGGGGGAACUCCUCCCGUUGCUCCGCCGCGAGGUUUUUGCUCUUGGGUUCCCUACUGCCUUGGUUCUGCAGCUGGGUGAAAAUGACCUCCCUGAUGUGGACUCUCUUUCUUUGCGUUUGGCCAUGGAGUCUGAUUUGACGCAUCUAAGGACUUUGAUGCCGGGUGUUACAGUAAUAUGGUCCCAGCUGCUUCAGCGCAUUGAGUGGAAGGGUAGCCUUUGCCCGGCUGCCACGGAAAAGGCCAGAAAACGCGUUAACAAUGCAAUUUCUAAGUUGGUCUUAGAGUUAGGGGGGUCUGUAAUUUCUCACCCGGAUAUCACAUUUAAGGCCACUUCCCUCUUUCGUCCCGAUGGAGUUCAUUUGUCCCCGGUUGGGAAUGACACCUGGUUGAGGGAUGUUUCAGAGGGUUUAAAAAGAUGGCUAGGGUUAUGAGUGUUGGCGGCAAGCCGAGGCGGCUUGUUUGGCCGUUAGGCUUUGGUUAAAUGGUUUUGGAGGGGCAUGGCCUAUAGGCCUAUCCCCCAAUUAUUUGCUCCUUAUAGAAGUAUUCCGUUAAAGGAAUCCUGGGGCUCAGGGACUCUAGUCCAUCAUCCGGCCUUAAGCAAGGAUGGUGUGUCCAUUACAGAGCCGAGCCUCGGGGAACACUCCUUGGGGGAAGGAGAGUACUGGGAAACCGUACCUCCAAUCCCUUGGGGUGUUUACUUGACUUACCAACCGCGAGGUAAGUCGGAGUUGGUCCUGACCCAAAUGGUCAGA